AUGCAGCAGGAUCUGCCUUCUAUUGACCUUCCUCUUGUUCAGAGAAUCAGGGAUAGCAAGGCCAUGCACCAGCAAGAUACAGCUGCACUCCUAAACGCACUCCACGCCUUUCAUGACUACGCUGUUUCCUUUUCCAUUGCUCCUCAGCCGUUAUACAUUGAGGAUCUCCACUUAGAGCAGAUAUGGGAACAGAUGGAGACUAACUAUAUGGGGCUACCUGAGAAAGAAGAGGAAAUGGAAGCAGGAGACGAAGAGACAGAUAAUAUUGGCGGUUCAGACCUCGAAACAGUCGAGGAAUUAGAAGAGGCAGACGACGAAGAAAUGACAUAUUCCAGUGAACAGGAGGAAGACCUAUGGCAAGAAAAUAUGACAGAAGCACAAGCACGCGCAAUCGAGGCCGAAAUCAGAGCAGCAGACGACUAUCAGGAUGAGGAGGAAUCGGAGGAAGAGGAUGAAGAGAAUGAAGACACCAAGCUUGCAGUUGAUGGGCUAGAUGACGAACUUUAUGUCAAAGAACCAAAUAUCAAGCAGACAGAACCUCGCAAGCCAGAUGUUUAUUCAGACUUUGAGCUGGCAAGGAUGCGUCUGCAAGCAACAAUAAAGAGGAUAGAGGAUGACAUGAUGAACAGGCCCACAUGGGACAUGGCAGGAGAAAUUUCUGCGCAUCAGCGUCCGACAGAUGCUCUACUUCGCAAGAUAGAUGACAUAGAUUUUGAUGUGAAGCAGCGGCCGCGAAUCCAACUUUCUGAAGAGUUGAAUGAAAACAUUGAGAAGCUCAUUAGCAUUCGCUGUCGCGACGAACUCUUUGACGACCCCAUAUACGUCAACGCAGAUAGCAAGAAAGAACGGAGGGAAGUGGUAAUAAGUGAUGCACGAAGCCACAAGUCGCUUGGAGAUGACAUUAGGGACGCUGGUGUUGAUAAGAUCGGAGCACUCCGCGACGGAGAACUAGACAAUGGGCCAGCUGCCAUGGAAAAGGAGCGUCUCGGAGAUGUAUUGAUCACUGGAUCCAACGCAACCAGCGACGCCAUACGUGCAAAGGAAGACGAGUGCUACUCGUUCUUUGCAGAACUCGAGCGGGACCUGCACGCAUACACAAGCUUUUAUUCUACGGCCGUGAAAUAG